AUGACACAAGAAGACGAAAAGCUCAUCUCCAUUCUUCAGUUUCUCUCUCUGUCUCCCUACUGUGCCGUCGUUGUGGUGGAUGUGGAACUCGACGGAGAACACAUUCUCGCGUUCGACUUCGUUGAAAGACAAAGUGGAGGACGAAGAAAAGCUUCGAUGGGUGGCUUAGUAGCGUCUACCGACUUACUCUCGUAUAUGCUAGCAGAGCUAGCAAGAAGGGAAAAGCUUACAGGAAUAGUGCAUGAUGAAGAUCUUGAUAUAUUUAUAAUGAAGUCUUUAGCUCUUGGAGGACAAGAGACAAGUCUCAUCGGGGAGUACAUUAUGAAGAUUUUAGGGUUGGACACGUGUUCUGACACAUUGGUGGGAGAUGAGAUGAUUAAAGGAAUCUCAGGGGGGCAGAAGAAGCGGCUCACAACCGGGGAACUGUUAGUAGUUCCAGCAAGAGUCGUUUUCAUGGAUGAAAUAUCGAAUGGUUUAGAUAGUCCCACGACUCAUCAUAAUUAUCAUGUAUAUGAGGCAUACAACUCACGUGCUGGAAGGAACCACAGUCAUUUCUUUACUCCAACCUUCUCCCGUGACUUACGAGUUAUUCGACGAUCUGCCCUGAGAGAAAAAAUGUGGCAGAUUUCUUGCAAGAGCUAUGUACCGCCUGGAAAGUUUGCUGAAGCUUUUCGUUCUUAUCCAACUGGUAAGAAGGUUGCAAAGAAACUCGAUGUUCAAUUUGAUAAACGGUUCAAUCAUUCAGCCGCGUUAUCUACAUCCCAAUACGGUGUUAAGAGGAGUGAACUUCUCAACAUCAACUUCUCCUGGCAGAAGCAACUGAUGAAGAAGAAUGCAUUUAUUUAUGUUUUCAAGUUUGUUCAGCUUCUUUUAGUUGCCAUGAUUACAAUGACUGUCUUUUGCCGGACAACAAUGCAUCACAACACUAUUGAUGAUGGCAACAUAUAUCUUGGGUCGCUCUACUUCUCCAUGGUCAUCAUUCUCUUUAAUGGAUUCACAUAG